AUGGAUCCAGAACUCAGAAAAGUAUUACAUAUCUCUCAUGUUGUUAACGAAGACAAGGCUGGUUAUACUUCUACAAUGCUCAUCGGAGAAGCCUUAGUCUGGUGGGAAGCAACAUUCGAAGCUCUCAGUGAGUGUGACCAAGAUAAAUUAUCUUGUGAAAUGUUCAGAACUCGCUUGCUAGGAAAGUAUUGUCCUCUAGACAUGAGGAGAAGUUUGGAGAAAGAAUUCCUCGAGCUUAAACAGGGAGGAAUGAUAGUGAUUGAUUAUGAAACGCAAUUCAAUCAAAAAUCACGGUUUGCUACAAAGUAUAUUCCAACUGAAGACAAUAAAAUCCAGUUAUUACUAGAUGGACUACGGUAUGAAAUCUGCGAUUUCAUGGCUAAUCGGGAUGUUCUGUCAUUUGAUAAAGCUGUUGAGUAUGCUCGAAAGUGUGAGCAUGACUUAGAAAUACGUGGUGCUACUCUUUCUGUUCCAAAGCAUCCACGUAUUGAUCGAACCAUUCCUGUUUCCUGUAUUCCACCAGCUCAAUCUAUUCAGACUGGUCCUGGAAAACAAGUGCAAACUAAUAAUACCCCUCGUCGGCGCGGUAGGGCACAAUCUUUUUCUCUUCAAUCGCCAUCGUGUCGAAAUUGUGGAAAGAAUCAUCCGGGCGAAUGUAGAUUAGAAAAAGGAUCAAUGGUCUGUUAUGGAUGUGGAGAAGUAUGCCACAUGAAGUCUGUUUGUCCAAUGAGGAAUGUUACAUGCUUUGCUUGUGGUGUUGUUGGCUACAGGAAGCGUCUUUGCCCUACUCUUACUAGUCAAAUGACGGGAAGUCAAGCUUCUGUUCUACAAUCGGCGAGAAGUCAAGCUCCUGUUCAAUAA